AAUAUUGUUAUGGGAAUUGGGAAACUAUUACUUUAUUGAGAUGAAGUAAAGAACACAAAAUACCUGAGAAUGAAAUUAGUAUAAACAAUCAAUCAGAGAACGAAAACUCAUGCUUACGCAUUUAAUGCACGCUACGCUUUUCGGUACAGGAUUGUUCGUUGCUUCACUGCUCGGUUCUUCUUCUUCUUGGGGCCUUCGUUCCAUUAUUUCCAUAUCCGCCGCCACCGCUCUCAUUGUGUUCGACGAAAUGCCUGAGAAAUGGUGUCGCUCAUCAGGACCCCAACACAUUUCUGCGUUCCUCCGCAAUUGAAAUCCUCGUUCCGUCGCUCUUCGGUGUUGGCGGUCAGCCGCGGGUUGGAGCUCCGGUGCCCGGUAUUUAGUUUUGCGGCGAGGAAGAAACAGGAGGGCGUCCAACUGAGGCGGAAGGGGAGGGGUAUUGAUUCUUGUUGUUGGUGUGGUGGGGGUGGAGGGUCGGCGAGUGCGGAAGGGGACGCGGAGCUGGAGGCGAGGAUAUUGGAGUUCAUGAGGGAUUCCGAGAAGCCUGGGGCGUUCCCUUCCAGGAAAGAGUUGGAGGAAGCGGGGAGAUUUGAUUUGGUUGAGGCUAUUAGGAGGAAAGGCGGGUGGUUCUUGCUUGGCUGGGAAUCAGAGGAUGAUGAAAAUGAGACACUGGGGGCCCAAGAAGCUGAGGCAGUUGAUAUUGAUUUUGAUAUGGAGGAGUUUCGAAGGAGGGUCAAGAGCUGUCAAGAUAGUGGAGCUUUUGACAACAUUGAAGAGGACUCUCUCUGUCUCAAUGGUUCUUCUGAGAGUGUGUCUUCUUCUGGUAGAUCAUUAGAAAAUGGAGUUGAGGGCAUAUUGAGUCGAUUAGAGAAACACAGAAAAUCAUCUUUUGAUAUGAAUUCAGACAAAUCUAGCAAUGGAAAGUGGGCUUUAAACAGAGAUGAUGGAAAUGAUCAGAAUGUCAUGACCACUGCUGUGGGCAGGAGUAAUCUAGGACAAACCAUCACUGAUGCAUCAGAUUCAUGGAGAACUUGGAGCAUUCAACGUGCUGGCUUUCAGGAUGCAGAAUUUGAACCUGAAGAGAUUACUUUUGGUCAAAAUCAAGAAGGUAAAAGAAAUUCAAUAGAACACUCAGUUGUAGUGACUGAAAAGGGUACUGGAGAUUUACACAGACAGAGUGGUGUCAAUCACAAAGACAUAAGAGCUCGCAUACAGCAUCUAGAAGUCGAGCUUAAUUCGGCGCUUCAGUUGAUAAGGUUCAAGAGUGAAGAAAACAGUUCAAAAGAGGUUAUUGGAAGCUCUCCUACUGAUUUGCAAAAACUUUCUGAUGCAUUGGAGUUCCAGGAGAAUCAGCUCAUGCAUGCCCAGAUGAGAUUGCGGUCAAUACGUGCAAAGCUAACAGUACUUGAGGGGAAAAUGGCAUUGGCAACUACUGAUGCACAAAAGACGAUGGAAAAGAAGCAGAAUAGAAUUAAUGGCGCUUAUCUAGCUACACAGCUUCUGCGUACUACGCAUAUUGUUUGGCCCAAUUCAGCCUCAGAAGUUCUUCUGGCAGGCUCUUUUGACGGUUGGACAUCUCAGUUAAAGUGGUUGCAGAGGAAGAUGGAGAAAUCAAGUGCUGGUAUUUUUUCUGUGACCAUGCUGUUGUAUCCCGGCAGAUAUGAGAUCAAGUUCAUUGUUGAUGGCAAAUGGAAGGUUGAUCCUUUACGCCCCAUCAUUGUCAACCAUGGACAUGAAAAUAAUCUACUCAUCAUCUCAUAAAAGCUUGUUAUUGGAAGGCCCUGGGCGUUGAAUCAGCAGUGGAGGUGCAUUGCAGUAAAUCCAGAUGGAUGGUUGAUCUUUUCUGAGGAUUUCACACAGAAUAUCAACUUUCAUACUAAAUUUUUGUACUAUUCUUUCUGUGGCGACGUAAAACCAACAUGUUUACUGUUCACGAGCUGAUUCAAUUACAUUCUUUCUGUACAUAUGCAUGUACUACUACUAGGUUAGCAGCUUCUUGCUCUGAAACAACUUUCAGUGCAAAAAAAAUUCUCAGAAUAUAUUUUAGAGUAAUAGGUGAUUGAUGGAAACUCCUACCUACACUGUAUCUCUAAACAUUGUACCAUUAGUUUUCUACUUAACUUUUUAGUUGUACUAUUUA